CACAACCUGGGGUAUGGCUUGGGGACAUUUGAACGUUGUUGUUUAGCUUUACAAUGCUGAGAAUUGUAAGUCUUUUAAUCCUCAAGGAAAUUUGGUAAACCAAACAAUAUGUUUUCAUCGAAUUUAGUAUAGUACAUGCGAUGCAUAUCGAUAUAAUUGAAUUUACAAAUGCAAUCGUAACUCAGGUGUCCUAAAAUUAUGUACGAUAUGAAGAUAAACAUCAUGUCUAGAAGCUGUUGGACGUAAACACCUACGUACACCAAGGAGCGAUGAAUGAAAAGAUUGAUGAGGCUGAGAGUGUAAUAAAGCUUUUAAAAUGCCUGUAUAUGGUUGCAGUAUUUAAUGUACAUGAUCUCUUAUAUGUUGAAAACUGCACCAUGUUAAUUUUGUUAUGUUGAUGACAUGAGGUAACAUUGCUAGCCUUUUGAAAUAAAGAUGACUUCAUGUUUGUAGAAUUAAAGGACGAGCCAAAGAAAUAAACAAAGGUCUGCCGACUCACCAGUAUGUUUGCAGAACUGUCGAAGAUCUCCGACCCAGCAAUAUCCGGUCUUUGUCUCAGCGGCCCUUCAGACAUGCCAAUAGCAAAGUCCGGCCGAGUUAUCUUAGGUCAAUUACUGAGGAGAGUCCAAAAUUGCAGUGAAUGGGGUUGGGGUGACGUAGUGAUUUAAAGUGCACUCAUAUUUAAUACUGGUAAAAUGAACAAUUUGACAGUGUUUUCACCACCAGGUAGACUUCGGUCCAUGCUCACAUUUAGUGUGGAUCAGCUGACUCUGGUUUGACUGCAAUAUGGUCACAAAGUGAUUCCAAGACCUAACUCUCCAUUGAACAAUGCUUAAAACAAAACAAACAAAAUUUAGCUGAUUUCUUGUCCAUUUCUCAGUAACUGUCGUUUUUUUUUGGACUUUGAAACAAAAACACCCAGACGAACCGGCUUGACCUUUGAUUUGGGAUAUGGGGUCAUAAACAUGUUUAUUUUGUCACAGUUGCCCACGAAGCCAAUAUUCUAUUAUUGGGUUUUUCCGGUCAGGAUAUAAACAUAUGCGACACACAGCCUCGACUAAAAGAGACAGGGAAAAUGAGGCAGAUUGGCAUUGUUCUAGUCGUCCUGUGGGCUUGUCUGUCUGACUGUAGUGCCAUGGUGGGAGGGCUGGCGAGAGCAGGGGAUGGUGCGGCAAGGUAUCGCCGGGAAGUGAGUGACACCGCUCAGGACUGCAGUGCGGAACUAAACCGCCAGAGAGAGCUGAACAGAGCGCUUGAAGAGGAAAAUAAACGACUUACCCGGCUACUGGUCGCAGAACAGUCAGAAAGCCGACAGGAGGCAGAAAGACCUGUAUCGGUACAAAUUAUCCGAACGGACGAGGGAGCAGAAACAAAGGGGUCUGGAUUUGAAAUCAGGCUGCGAGGGGGUGAGGCGGCUCACAGAGGCCGUGUGGAGUUGAAGGUGCUUGGGUCAGAGGUCACAGAUUGGGGGGUUAUCUGUGAUGACGGCUGGGACAAGCGGGAGGCAGAUGUCGUCUGCAGGUUGCUAGGGUAAAGCGAAGCGAAGCGACCGACUAAGAACUCACGCUUUGGCCACGGAGAUCUUGACUUCAUCGCAGACGACGUUUUCUGCUUUGGGAACGAGACCAAUCUUCUGGAGUGUCGCCAUGGCAACUGGUGGGG